AUGUCUUCCGAGUUACAGCUCGCACCGAGAGUGCUGGCAGUUGCCAGCCAUGUACACCUCAUCAGCAACGUGGGCAACAAGGUCGCCGUCUUCGUGCUCCAGUCACUGGGAUUCGACGUCGCGGCCCUCAACACGGUGCAAUUCAGCAACCACACAGGCUACAGACAAUGGACGGGGACGAGGGCCACGGCGCAGGAAAUCACCGACCUGUACGCCGGCCUGAAGCAGUCGUACCUGGACGACUUCGACAUGAUGCUGUCGGGCUACAUCCCCGGCGCCGAGGGCGUCACGGCGGUGGGCAACAUCGCAAAGGGGCUCAAGGAAAAGUUUCGGGACGUGCCGGGCAAGUUCUUCUGGGUGCUGGAUCCCGUCAUGGGGGACAACGGCAAGCUGUACGUGGCGCCGGAGGUUGUGCCCGCGUACAAGGCGCUUCUGCCGUAUGCGGAUCUGAUACUGCCGAACCAGUUUGAAGCCGAGCAGCUCUCCGACGUCAAGAUUGUAGACAUGGCCAGCCUCACGCAGGCCAUCCAGGUCCUGCACGAAAAGUUCCGCAUCCCGCACAUCAUCAUCACCUCGGUCAGCUUCACCACGCCCGACCACCCGCCGUCGCACCUCUCCGUCAUCGGGUCCACCAUGACCUCGGACCGCCGCGCGCGCACCUUCAAGAUCACCUUUCCCUCCAUCGACUGCUACUUCUGCGGCACGGGCGACAUGUUUGGCGCGCUCAUCACGAGCCGCGUGCGCGAGGCCGUCGAGGCCGUGCCGGGGCUGACGGCGCGCGAGAGCUGGCUCAGCGAUGAUGAUGUUGCGGCGACGGAGCUGCCGCUCGCGAGGGCCGCGGAGAAGGUGCUCGCGAGCAUGCACGAGGUGCUGGCCAAGACGAGGGAAGCGAUGCCCGCCGUCAUGGAUAGGACGUGGGCCUCGAUGGGGGCCGAUGCGGAUCGGGGCGAUGAGAAGAAGGCGCAUUAUGUCAAGUCCAAGGCGGCGGAGCUGCAGCUGGUGACCAACUUGGACAGCUUGCGGAGCCCGACGACGACGUUUUCUGCGACCAAGAUUUAG